CAAACUUAUAUUUUUUACUUUUUAAAAUAAUAUUGAUUUAUCUUAUAUUAUUCCAUUUUUGUGAUUUUAUAAUUAUAAAAAGAAUGUCUGUUAACGAAAGGGUCCAGGAGGAAUUGGAAGCAUUAGAAGCAAUUUUAUUGGAUGAUAUAUCCAUAGUAUAUGAUGAACAGGGUCGCCCGGAAUUGGUCAAGUCGACAAUUUUUCCCUCAACUGCCAAUGAAGUCAACAAACAAUAUGUUCGUGUAACCCUGGAAGUGAAACUUCCAGAAGAUUAUCCCGAUUGCAUGCCAAAUGUUCAAUUAAGAAAUCCUCGAGGUUUAGAUGAUUCUACAAUAAGCGAGAUAUAUAAAUCAAUUGAGGAAAAAUGCACAGAAUACGUCGGCCAACCCGUAAUUUUUGAAUUAAUUGAGCUCAUCAGAGAAAGCCUUACAGAAAGUAAUUUGCCUACAUGCCAAUGUGCUGUAUGUUUAUAUGGUUUUACUGAAGGGGAUAGUUUUACCAAAACUGAAUGUUACCACUAUUUCCACUCCUAUUGCUUACAUAAACAUCUUGUCACUACCAAAAGGCAUUAUCAAGAGGAACAAGAUAAGCUACCGUUGUGGCAAAAGUCUACCAAAGGAUUUCAGGCAACUUGCCCAGUUUGUCGGGAAUCAAUAAACUGUGAUGUCGAAGAACUGAAAUCAGCUCUUCCUCCUAAAGAUUUAGAAAAUGCUCAAAAAUUCGAAGUUACCAGUGAUUUAAGGAUACUACAGGAACACAUGAAGGAAUUGUUUACUUAUCAGAAGAGCAAAGGCGGUAUUAUUGAUAUUGAAGCAGAAGAAAAUAAGUUGCUUCUUAUUACUGAAACUAAUGGCGAAGAGGCUUCUGAUACUAGUGAGGACCCAGGACCCAGCGAUACAAUGCUCCAAGCCGACGUGCUGCCAAGGAACCAAAGAUAUGAUUGCAGAAUAAAUCCGUUGUUGAACAACAGAUGACUAAAGGAUUCGCGUAACCAGAGGUUUACCGUAGAUAUAAGCGUCACGUUUCAAUACUCGUCUAUAUAUGAAUGUGUUAUUUCGGACUUUUAUUUAAAUUUUAUUUAUUUGUUUUAUAUGUUGACCGCUCCUGCAAACAUAACUAUGCCAUAGUUAGUUACGUUUUAUAUUGUCCUGGUUUUAUAUUUAAUAAAUGUAAAAUGUAAAGGCGAAA